AAAAAAAAAGAAGCAGUUUAGUUUAGGAGUGGCAAUAUUUGAAGGCGAAUUACGAUCUGAAAAUUGGGGGUUUGAAGACAUGUCUAAUCAUCACCGUUCUCCAAGUUCUUCUUCUUCUUCAUAUUAUAAUAAGACCGUUCUUCCACCCCAAGAACUUCUCGACGAUCUUUGCAGUCGGUUUGUGCUAAAUGUGCCAAAGGAAGAUCUUCAAUCAUUUGAAAGGAUCUUAUUUCUUGUGGAGUAUGCACAUUGGUUUUAUGAAGAUAAUUCUGUAGAAAACAAUCCAUCUCUCAAGUCCUUAAAUCUCAAGGAGUUUACUUCGUUAUUGUUCAAUAGUUGUGAUGUUUUGAAGCCUUAUGUGGCCCAUAUAGAUGAUAUUUUUAAGGACUUCACUUCCUACAAGGUUCGAGUUCCUGUAACUGGGGCUAUAAUUCUUGAUGAAACCUUUGAAAGGUGUUUGCUAGUUAAGGGAUGGAAAGGUUCAAGUUGGAGUUUCCCUCGUGGCAAAAAGAGCAAAGAUGAAGAAGAUCAUGCAUGUGCCAUUCGAGAAGUCAUGGAAGAAACAGGUUUUGAUGUUUCAAAACUUCUUAACAAGGAUGAAUACCUUGAAGUUAUUUUUGGACAACAGAGAGUGCGACUUUACAUUAUUGCUGGUGUCAAAGAUGAUACAUCAUUUGCCCCACUUACCAAAAAGGAGAUCAGUGAAAUUGCAUGGCAACGGCUUGAUGAACUUCAACCUUCGAGUGAUGACGUAAUAUCUCGUGGGAUCACUGGCCUUAAGUUGUAUAUGGUGUCUCCUUUUCUUGCAUCUUUGAAAUCUUGGAUUUCAACACAUCAACCUCCUAUGGCUCCAAGACCUGAAUUGCCUCUUAAAGGAAUUUGUGUAUGGAAAGCAAAGCAUAGUUCUACUGGAAGUAGUUCCACACUUAUGGACAGCCAACCAACAAAACCUGAAUCUGAUUCUCAGCCUCAUGAUCUAGGGCCCGGCAAGAGCUUAAGGAAUUUCAGAUUUAGUACUGCCUCGAUUUUACAAGCUAUGGAAGCUUCAUUUUCUUGAAAAUCCCGCAACAAUCCUGUAAAGUAUUCUUAAACUGAACUGUUUUCGCCAUUUCACUUGUAGUCAUCAUCCCUCUCUAUGCUCUAGUUAGGUUUCUGUUCAUGAUGUUUGUCUAAUAUGUACAUUAUGUGCAUCAAUCAAAUAUUUGUACCUAAGACUAGAUAGUAUUCUCAGCAGCAUAUUAUGAAGUAGAGAAACAUUCCAAUGUAAAAGUUACUAUACUCUCCCUAACCGGUACCCGUUCCUACUAUGACUCGAACUUGAACACGAUCUACAAAAGAAUGAAACUGAUUUGUUUGGUAAUGUCUAUUAUUAUUA